CGUCACAACCGUUAUGUACGACCAAAAAAAUUGACUGAAAAGGUUAGAAUAACGGGAUUAACAGAGAAAUCCUUAUUAUCUUCAUAAAUCGCCAUCAUUCGUUUAGCAUCACACGCCGUUAAUCAAGGCUUGGUACGUACCAGCCCCUCCAAAUCCUGGGGUCUCAGGCCACUGCGUCAUUGGAUGUUAUAGGCCCUCCCCGCCUCUUUUACUGAUGAUCUGCUCACGAGCACAGUGUUUCAUCUUUCAACCUGAUCUCGCGACUACAUCACAGGCAAACAUCACGUUCAACCGCACUUUAUCUCAGAUACAACGCCUUGGGCUUGAGCUCUGGCUUUAACCCUUUCAACUCAAGCUUCCGACUAUACCAAAAUGGCUUCUGCUGUUGAUUCUCCCCCGGCGCACUCGCCUCCCACCCAUCCUCCUCAACGACCUCGAGGCAUCCUCAAGAACUCGUACCAGAAAUCUCCUCCCACUUCACCGAGCCACGAUCGACCUGCCAGCGACAAGGAGCUCACCAUCGCCAACACUCAAAUCAACGCUGGUCACCGUCGUUCCUCUUCUGGAGCUCGCCCCUCUGGAUCCCGCCGACAAUCAGGUGCCAACGGUUCCAUCGGAGACGUUCUCGAACCCUCCCAACGGCUCAAGUGGGACGAGGCAAACCUCUACCUCACGGAGCAGGAGCGCUCCUCUACCAUGAAGAUCACAGAACCAAAGACUCCCUAUGCCAAACACUACGACCCAGCCGAAGACCCGUCGGACGAAGACGAGGAUCCUCUGGCGGACGCUGGUGCUCGUCUUAAGAAUUCACGUCCAAGCCGUGAAGAUGACAUUCCGGGCCUUUCGCUGGGCGAACCGGAAGAGGAGAUCCCGGAAGCGGGCGCGCCGUCACCCCGCAGCGAAAAGAGCGUCCACGUCGACGACGAGAGCAGCAUCGGCCACAACGCGGAGGAGGAGCUGGCGGGCAUGUCUCCCGAGGAGCGUGAGAAGCACAGAAAGUUUGAACAGCUCCGAAAGAGACACUACGAAAUGAAAAAUGUGGCCCAGCUCCUGGGCCACCCCGAGACGCUCCCGGAUGAGGAUGAGGACGACGAGGGUGAGGUGCCGCAUGUGCCACAGGUACCGCGCGUGCCCAACGGUACUGCGUAGGGUGCUGGGGAAGCAUGAUGAGGGCUGCGAGCUGGCUAGGGCAUUAGGAUGGAGUUUUGAGGAUAUCAUUAUUGGGCGUUGGCAGAGGAGGAGUGUGAGGUUAUCUGAUUACUCGCUCGCUUUCAAGAUUCUGAUGGAGACAAAGGGCACAUAGUCUCAUCGGUAGAGGACAUGCUUCAUUUCCUAAUAUUUACGAUUAUCCACUCGUAUCUGGUGUCGUUCGUGGUGUCGUUAUGCUUAUUGUCGAUGGUUCACAGUAAUCCCUUUCUUGCUAAUUCAAUCUUUCGAGCUGUUUCGCCUGGCCGGAAUCCACCACGAGAAACACAAAGACGCUGUCCAUCAGCUAAUUCGAACUUUUCUUGCUGAGCAUCCCAAGCGCAGGGACAGUGGUGAGGAAAGUGGACGCAUGCGAGAGUAUCGGGGCAGAGGUAUUUGUCGCAGACAGCUGUACAUGUUAGCAGAGUCAAAAAGUGGUAGAUGUACUUACAGUUCUCGUA